AAAGAAAAAGGCAACGCAAAUACUGCAUUUCUGGUGAAACAGAUAUAGAUUACCCAUAAAAGUGAUGAUGAUCCCUUUAUGAAUAAUCCAAAGCUAACCAAACCAAUUCACACAUAAGCAACUUUGUUCCACUCUGCAGCUAGCUGCAUACACUCACUCUUCUCUCUCUCUCUAGAAAACACCUUGUAAUUUGCCCAUCGUUGCAGCUGUUUAUGCAGUAGUUCUAUGAUUUCCGAUCGUUUCUAAUGUUUUAUUUUUCCUGCAUGUUUUUUCUCUUAUUGAUCGUUUGAAUUUAUCCGCUACGUGAUUUUUUCUUAUGCAGUUUAUAAUUUCUUAAUUGACGAUUGAAUUAUGUCCAAGGGUUUCAGUUUCUUCCUGAUGCUUUCUUCAAUUAAAAAUUUACUUUCUUAGAAAAAAGUAGCAAAUUCACAGUCGGCGGGAUUAAUUGUUCAAUUGAUAGUGUAGAAAUCCAGACAACGUUCAUCUUUUCUCGUUGAAUUAGCGUUUGGGGGCGGAGGGAUGUACGGGCAAUCUUCGCCUGCCCUAAUCGAGAUGCUAGGAGGGUUUGUUCUGUUUUCUCUGUUUUUCGCGUUUGUUUCGAGCAAGGUUUGCACUAAUGGCGGCGUGACGUCAUCACACACUUCUCGAUACGAGUUGUUGUACUCGAGGAAUUCAUCGUGGGAGAGACAAAAUCUAGCCCAACUGCAUCUGAUUCCUAGUGACGAUCAUUCGAUUCCGAGGAAAAUGUUGAGAGAAGAGGAUGAAAUUAAUUGGAACAUACUGUACAGAGAAACGAAGAGCUAUGGUGGAAAGAGGGUUAAUGGAGUCGAUUUUCUCAAGGAAGUUUCGUUGCAUGAUGUGAGAUUGGACCCAAAUUCGAUUCACGGUAUUGCUCAGCAGACGAAUUUGGAGUAUCUUUUAAUGUUGGAUGUCGAUCGGUUGGUGUGGAGUUUUCGUAAGACUGCAGGUUUAUCGACACCUGGCGAACCAUACGGUGGUUGGGAGGCACCGGAUGUCGAACUCCGUGGUCAUUUUGUAGGGCAUUAUUUGAGUGCAUCGGCACAAAUGUGGGCUAGCACACAUAAUGCCGAUCUCAAGGAAAAAAUGUCCGCUGUGGUUUCUGUUUUAUCGGAAUGCCAAAGCAAGAUGGGCAGUGGAUAUCUUUCGGCAUUUCCGUCUGAACUGUUUGACCGAUUUGAAGCUUUACAAGAAGUUUGGGCUCCGUAUUAUACGAUCCAUAAGAUAUUGGCUGGUCUUUUAGAUCAAUACACUUUGGCUGGCAGUGAUCAAGCUUUGAAUAUGACGAAGUGGAUGGUUGAUUAUUUCUAUAACCGAGUGCAAAAUGUGAUAUCAAAGCACACAGUUGAAAGGCAUUGGCUAUCGUUGAAUGAAGAAACAGGUGGCAUGAAUGAUGUUCUUUAUAAGUUAUACGUUAUCACGGGCGACAAAAAGCAUUUUGUAUUAGCUCACCUGUUUGACAAGCCGUGCUUUCUGGGUUUGCUGGCAUUGAAGGCUGAUGACAUAACGGGUUUUCAUGCCAAUACACACAUUCCGAUUGUUGUUGGAUCUCAAAUGCGGUAUGAGAUUACUGGCGAUCCACUUUAUAAGGAAAUCGGACUAUUCUUCAUGAAUAUAGUCAACUCAUCUCACAGCUACGUGACGGGAGGGACAUCAGUCGGCGAAUUUUGGUCUGAUCCAAAACGGUUAGCCACUACUUUAGAAACAGAGAACGAAGAAUCUUGUACAACUUAUAACAUGCUAAAGGUUUCUCGCCACCUGUUUAGGUGGACCAAAGAAAUGGCAUAUGCUGAUUAUUACGAAAGAGCCCUAACAAAUGGUGUUUUGGGCAUCCAACGAGGCACGGAUCCUGGAAUCAUGAUUUACAUGCUUCCAUUACAGCGUGGUGGCUCUAAAGCUCGAGGCUACCAUGGAUGGGGAACAAAGUUCGAUUCAUUUUGGUGCUGUUAUGGGACAGGUAUUGAAUCGUUCUCAAAGUUAGGAGAUUCGAUAUACUUUGAAGAGGAGGGAGUAGAUAUGGGGCUUUACAUCAUACAGUAUAUAUCAAGCUCCUUUGAUUGGAAAUCGACUCAUGUUGUGCUCAGCCAAAGAGUGGAACCUGUCGUUUCAUGGGAUCAAAGACUUCGUGUAACAAUCAAAAUUUCAUCGAAGAAGCAAGGAGAUGGAGCAUCAUCAACCCUAAAUUUAAGGAUUCCACUUUGGACAUAUUCGAAUGGUUCGAAAGCAUCUUUAAACGGUCAAGAAUUGUCCUUGCCGCCACCUGGCAAUUUCCUGUCGAUAACUAAAAAUUGGAGCAAUGGAGACGAACUCAUUCUUGAUCUGCCUUUGGCUCUAAGAACCGAGGCUAUCAAAGACGACAGGCCGGAAUAUUCUUCUCUUCAAGGCAUCCUCUACGGGCCCUACCUUCUCGCCGCACUGUCCAGCGGCGACUUUGACAUUAAAACCAACUCGAUUACUCCAGUUCCUGCCGAUUAUAACUCUCAACUCAUUACACUCUCGCAACAAUUCAAUAAUUCCGUUUUGGUCCUAACAAACUCCGAGGGAGUUUUAACAAUGAAAGAGUCUCCCGAAAAAGGAACCGACGCAGCUCUAAAAGCUACAUUCAGACUCAUAACUACAAACAACAACUCGGACGCGGAAACUUCCGCUCCAGUAGCAAACAGUGCAGUUGGCGGUACAGUUGUUUUAGAACCGUUCGAUUUUCCCGGGAUGUUUGUUUUGCAUGGUGGGGAUGGUGAGGGUCUUGGAGUGGGGGAUUCGAAUUCAUCCAACCGUUCGUUUGCUUUCCGUCUGACAGACGGAUUGGACGGUGAAGAUGGAACGGUGUCGUUGGAGUCUGAGAGUGAGAAGGGGUGCUUUGUGUAUGCUGAGGUGGCGAAUAACAACGGUGUGGAGAUGAAGUGUGGUUCGGGUUCGUUUGAUGAUGGGUUUCGAAGGGGGGCGAGUUUUAGGUUGGGGGGUGGGAUUAGUAAGUAUGAUCCUAUUAGCUUUGUGGGUAAAGGUGUGAAGAGAGAUUUUAUUAUGGUUCCUUUGCUUAGCUUGAGAGAUGAGUCCUACACUGUGUAUUUCAACUCUUCGACGUAAAAUUGUUGAUCAGGCUAAGAUGAAUAAAUGUUUAUUUAUUUAGAAAAGAAAAGAAAAAAAAAAGAAUAAAUGUUUUA